AUGAGCCAGAACCGGCCAUCGGCCUUCUCGUCACUAAGAAUGGGUGAAGUUAUCCGCGAAAAGGUCCAGGACGGCGUCACGGGCGACUACAAGGAUCUCGCAUAUACGCAGUGCAAGAUUGUAGGCAACGGCUCCUUUGGUGUCGUCUUUCAGACAAAACUGUCGCCCAGUGGGGAAGAUGCUGCCAUCAAGCGCGUCCUGCAAGACAAGCGCUUCAAGAACCGCGAAUUGCAAAUUAUGCGCAUUGUCCGACACCCCAACAUCGUCGAACUCAAGGCCUUCUUCUACAACAACGGCGAGAGGCCACAGAAAGACGAGGUGUACCUGAACCUUGUGCUCGAAUAUGUGCCUGAGACCGUCUACCGCGCUUCCCGCUACUUCAACAAGAUGAAGACGGUUAUGCCAAUCCUCGAGAUCAAGCUCUACAUCUACCAGCUUUUCCGCUCUCUCGCCUACAUUCACUCGCAGGGCAUCUGUCACCGCGACAUCAAGCCUCAGAACCUCUUGCUGGAUCCGUCGACGGGCGUACUGAAGUUGUGUGAUUUUGGCAGUGCAAAGAUCCUGGUGGAGAAUGAGCCCAAUGUCUCGUACAUUUGUUCCAGGUACUACCGCGCGCCAGAGCUCAUCUUCGGGGCCACAAACUACACCACCAAAAUUGAUGUUUGGUCAACAGGCUGUGUCAUGGCAGAACUCAUGCUAGGACAACCGCUGUUCCCCGGUGAGUCGGGCAUCGACCAGCUGGUCGAGAUCAUCAAGGUCCUUGGCACACCCACCCGGGAUCAGAUUCGAACGAUGAAUCCCAACUACAUGGAGCACAAGUUUCCUCAGAUCAAGCCUCAUCCGUUCAGUAAGGUCUUCCGGAAGGCUGAUCCUCAAGCGAUCGAUUUGAUUUCGAAGCUGCUCGAAUACACUCCAACCCAGCGAUUGUCAGCCAUCGAUGCCAUGGUACACCCCUUCUUCGAUGAGCUUAGGGAUCCCAACACUCGAUUCCCUGACUCCCGUCACCCCAACGGAGCUACCAAGGAUCUUCCAGAGCUGUAUAGCUUCACGCAUCAUGAACUCUCCAUUGCGCCUCACCUCAAUCAACAAUUGGUGCCUCCCCACAUCCGCCCGACUCUGGCCGCCCGUGGCCUGGACUUCGAAUCGCCGAAUUUCAAGCCAUUGACCAAAGACCAGAUGAUGGCUCGGCUGGAUUAA